AUGACGCAACCCAUGGUCUUCAAGCAUCCCGAUCAUGGCGGUGGGCUCAAGCAAAUAGAGGAGAUGCCAGCCCUUUCGGCCAACGAAGUUUCUCUUGCGGUUUUCCACCUAUUUCAGAACCUCCCAACUGAGCUUCGAUUGAAGAUUUGGAAGGCGGCGUGUUUCCCUCACACAAGCAGUCAACAAGGCCUACACUACAUCGAUCUAGCAAGUAUUGGGGAUGACUUGCGCUCCUGGAUUGGUCCAAUGGAGAUGAAGGCACUUCAUCCCGACUUCCCAACCUCACGCAAUGGGCAGCGGGUUGUAGGACGCGCAAACAGAUCCGCCCACAUGUGGGAUGCUGGUCUAUGGAAGGCAUGCCAAGAGUCCAGGGAGGUCAUUUCCUCGCACUUUCGACUGAAGCUUUGGUGCAAUACUCAGAACAGCGGCCUCGAGCCCCUCGAAUCGGAUGAGUGCCUCGGUAAGGCUUGUCAACCGUACCCUUCGCAGCUGAUUUCUGAGGAAUUGACCUCUGAAGACGACGAGGAACUGUCUGAGAAGCGACCAGGUGAUGGAGAUUCAGUUCUUGAGCCUGAGCUCUUUCUUCCUACCUGUCCUUUUCCAUCCAAUCAAGAGCAUGAAGAGCCAUUUAUGGUUAUGCCCACCCGAGAUCUAUUUUGCAUCCAAGACCCCGGGAAACACCUGUUACCACUCGUUCUCAAGGAUGCUCGCCUGAAUGUUCCAUGUCCAGGUGGUAAGACAAUCGUUCUCCGACACUCCUUCAACCUUGCCUUGGAGGAAAAGUCACCUCGAGCCGUGUUUGCGAACUGGGCUCAAACCUGCAACUGGAGCAAGGGCAAUGCCCCGUGUAUCUACCUGCUCAAUAAGGCUGCUCGUUCGGGGUCAGGUUGGUGUGUGAACAAAGAAGCAGUCUUUCAUGAUUGCGAUGAUGCGUACGUGGAAGUUCAAAAUCAUUACUUGGACAACUUCCCGGUUAAGCCGGCAGAGGCUUCGGCCAUGCUAGGAUUUCUGUGGCUUGUCUGGAACCUUUGGACCGUUGCUUUUUGCAACUGCACCGACGACGAAAUAUGCAUGAUGUGUAACCACGGCCUGGGUUUGGAUUUGACCAAGUAUGUCAAAGUUCUCGUUCGACAAGAAGAGGAACCUGCUCGAUAUCAAAUCGAGGAUCGAGUUGAUUAA